CUUCUCAGUUCAGUAGACAACACACUGAUGAGCUCUCUCACUUCUUCUUCUUCUUCUUCAUCGUCGACGAUAUUAUAGUUUAGCUCAGUGAGCGGCCAGACACCCAUCUCUCGUUCGAUCCUUGACCACGUCCAUCGCCACAUUUCGUGACAGUUUACACAAAAGGGACAUUUAUAUACGCGCUGUGCAAUUGAAUAUCAGCUGAUCAUUUACGGCCAUCCCGCAACAGUCAACGAUUUGUUUGUCGUGCGGCCCGUGUCGCCCGUGACGUGAGGUGCACAAAUUUUUUUGCUAAAUUCACAAAGUGUUGUACGCACGCCAUGGCUUCGACGACGAGUUCACGCACCCAUGAGCAAGUCCAGCAGCCAGCCGAUUGCUGGAACGACUGGAACAGUCCGACUUUGAUCCAUCAUCACAGCGCUAGUUUCAACACGCCCAUGCGAGCCAUGGAAGCUUGCCUACUCACGGCCGGCGGACAAGAACAGCAUCAAUUUUACCGAUCCGAACCGCAUCAACAGGGAGCCGGCCCGCCGGUCAUGAUGCAACAGGAGACGUGUGACAAAUCUUCCGUCUCACCUACACCUACGACGACAGCCUCACACAACAACAACAGCCUUUCGUCUGGAAUGUCGCCUUUGGCCGGCGGGAAUCACAACGGCGAUCAGUCCAGCGUGACCAAGGAAGAACGAACGAGCCGGCAAAGGGGUCAAUCUAGUCCUAGUCCAAACCUAGAACAAGAAAUAAAGAAACCGCUUCACGCUAAAUUAACUGGAGUCAAUGCUAGUCUCGAGAUGAAAGCUCUGUGGGAUGAAUUCAACGAAUUGGGUACCGAAAUGAUUGUCACCAAGGCGGGAAGGCGGAUGUUCCCGACGCUUCAGGUGCGCCUAUUCGGACUCGACGCCAAUUCGGAUUACAUGCUCAUGAUGGACUUUGUGCCAGUGGAUGACAAGCGAUAUCGUUACGCCUUUCACAGUUCAAGUUGGGUAGUGGCGGGGAAAUCGGAUCCCAACUCUCCGCCUAGGAUUCACGUUCAUCCGGACUCGCCGGCCAAAGGUUCGCAAUGGACGAAACAAGUCGUCUCGUUCGACAAGCUGAAGCUAACCAACAACCAGCUGGAUGACAACGGACACAUCAUAUUGAAUUCCAUGCACCGCUACCAGCCCCGUUUCCACGUUGUCUACAUCAACCAGAGGACCGAAGACGCUUCGCAGACCGAGAACUUUCGCACGUUCAUCUUCCCAGAGACCAAGUUCACGGCCGUCACGGCCUAUCAGAAUCACCGGAUUACUCAAUUGAAGAUUGCCAGCAACCCGUUCGCCAAAGGAUUUCGGGAUUGCGAUCCCGACGAUUGUGUGGUCGAUGUGCUGAAUCACAUGCAACCCAAUGUAUCUAGUGCCAGUAAUAGUAGCCGUCCGUCGGGUGGUGGUGGCAAUAGCAGCCGGAACUCCACCUCUGCUACAACAUCAACAACGACCUCGUCCUCUUUGAUCGCAUCUUCUUCAUCGACAUCAUCAUCCCGUUUCCCGGGAUCUUCACCAUCGGGAGCUUAUUCAUCGCCAACCUUCCACCACUCCAAGGAAUCCAAAGAUGAAGAGUCGGCGAGCCCAUCGAUGUCGUCAUCGUCAGCCAACAGCAACAACAACAACAAUAUCGGUCUCGUUUCGACGGCCAUCAGUCCAGUCAUCAUGACAUCGAGCCUCGCUGGUGGCCAGCAGUGCUCCUUCAACGGCCAGCGCGGCUUCUCCACCGGACCCAACAACACGGGCUCAUCUCCACAGCACAGCGCCUUCAACGGCUUAAUGGCCAACAGUUCGGCCAUCAUGUCAUCGUCGGCCGGCUCUAUCGCUCCCGUGACGCCCAUCGUGUCCGCUUCGCAAUUGUCGCCCAUCUCGCCCACUCUGCCGGCUCAAAUGACCCAACCCUACACGGCCGACGUGUGCCAGUACGGACCGAUUUACAACGCCUACAAUUAUGCGGCCGGUAAAAUGAGGACUAGUUCCCCUUACGGACGGAACCCUUCGGCCGCUUCCGUCUACCAGCCGCCGUAUCACCAUCCGCACCAGAAUCCCUUCCCCAAUGCGCCUUUCUACUCCCGAACGGUCCAAAAUCCCUACGACUACUCACCGAGGUAAACUAAUCCACUCGAUUCGCGCAAUAAUCAAGGGAUAUUAUGCAAUUUCGCCCUUGAGACUCUUUCAGACUUACUUUCUCUCUGAUAUAAAUGUGAAUACGUUUCAUCUUUUCUCUCUUUUUUUCUCUCCAUCAAAUUAUAAUAACCAUCAUUAACACACCAUUCAUGUCUCAAAAAAAACCAGUGCCUCACUCAACACCACACAUCACAUAUAGGAGUCAUUAGAAAUUCGCGUUUUUAUCUUGUUUUUCUUUUUGUUGAUCCUUUUUUUUUUAAUUAUCUCCUCAAAUCAAAUCAAACUCAUUACGCAUGCUACAUCAUUCUACUUUUAAAAAAAUUAAAAAAAAAAUCGCCUUAACUUUUUAUUGGGAAUCAUCGAAAUUCUUUGUGACUAAGUCAUCCAAUCAAACUGCUGUGCCACUCUAAAAAUAACGAAUUAAUUUCGCCUCAUUUUGAUUAUUAUUUUAUUCUACACCAACGAAAAAUAGUAGAGCAUCCAAAUUUAAAUAAACCCCAAACUUUUUUUUUCUUUUAAUGAGGGAAAGAAAUUGGAAAUACACGUGCCCAUUACGAAUUAA